GACCCAAAGACUCCAAGAAGAAAAAAACAAAAGUGCGACUGAGGUACUUAGGAGACGGGAAACAGAAUAUAAAGAGCAUUGAAGAGACCUAUGAUCAAAAAGCUCAAGAAUGAACUUCUAAAGUAUCACUUGAACUGAAGGAUGACUACAUCUCUAGAACUAAUAGACUGAUUGAAGAUGAAAGGAAGAAUAAAGAAAAAGCUAUUAAAUUGCAAGAGGAGCUUAUAGCUAUUAAUUCAAAAAAGGAAGAACUCAGUCAAUCUGUAAAUCGUAUGAAAGAACUUGAGCUUGAGUUAGAGUCUGUCAAAACUCAGUUUUUAACAAUGGCAAAACAAAACCACUUGCUGAAUGAAAAGGUUAAAGCGAUGAAUGAUUACUCACUACUGAAAGAAGAGAAAGUGGAGCUUCAGGCACAAAAUAAAUUACUUAAACAGCAACUGGAAGAGAGUCGGAAUGAAAACUUAUGUCUCCUAAACCGCAUAGCUCAGCCAGCUCCUGAGCUUCUGGUUUUUCAGCAGGAGUUACAGAAAGCAGAAAAUGCUAUAGCAGUUGAGCAGAAGGAGUUUGAAACUCAAAGGCAAGCUCUGCAAAAACAGCUGCAAAGUGAAAUUGAACAUUCUGCACAGCUAAAGGCCCAGAUAUUAGAUUAUGAAGCUUCUGUAAAGAGGUUAACUCUUCAGGUUGCUGAUUUAAAAUUGCAACUGAAACAAACUCAGACAGCCUUAGAGAAUGAAGUGUACCGCAAUCCAAAGCAGUCUCUGAUCCAUCGUUCUACAAACGAGUUUGUAAGUGGCAAGAUGGUGCCUCCCAAUGGUGAUAUAAGGCAAGAUUUCUUCAACAGGACUCUUGAACAGGGAAAGAUUAUGGCAAGUACAAUUAUCUCAAGGAUCACAGGUUAUCCAAACGCAGGGACAGAAGGUAGUUCCCCAGACUCUGACCUCGAGUUUGUAGUCAAUACUAAGGCUAGGGUAAGAGAACUAGAGCAAGAGGCUGAACGCUUGGAAAAGGCUUUCAGAAAUUAUCGUCAAAGAGCUACUCUAAACCCUGUUAAAAGCCCACCACCAGCAAAGAAUGCAUCUCUACACUUGCUAGGAUCUCUCAGAAACAUUGCUUUUAGUUCCCCAGAAAGACAUUCUUUGGCAGAGAACCAACUUGUCUCCGAGCAGCCUCAGGUGGACACUGUUAAAGAGGAAAAGAAUGAGGAAAAGAGUGAUGCCUCUGAAGUACCAACAGGCAGCACAGCCAUGCGGCCACGCAGGAGCUCUUCCUCCAGACGUCUCUCCUCCACACCCCUUCCAAAAGCCAGAAGAAGUCUUGAUAAUGAAAUGUAUCUGGAAGGUCUGGGCAAAUCACAUGUUACUUCCCCCAGUCCUUUUCCUGACAGUCUCCAGCCAUCACUUGCUGAAUCUAGGCACAGCCUCUCUGUCCCUUCCUUCUCUGGCCCUCCAGAGCAGAAGACCAAUAUUUAUCUGAGACAAACUGAAGUUCAAGACAAAAGUGAAUCUUCAAAUCUGAACAAGCUAACCUUAAAGAGUAACAAGGAAUUUGAGCCAUCUUUUCAAUAUGCAGGGAACAAGCCAAGGCAGUUUGAAACUGACGAGCUCCACCCUGCUGGUGAUAUGCCUCAUGCGGACGGUGCUGCAGCUGCUAUGCCCACCAGACCCAUCCCAUGUCACUACCCAAAUGCAGAUGAAAAACAAAUUGGAGAACAGAAGGAAGAUGAAAAUGUGUGGAACCAACAUUUAAAAGAACGAAGGCAGAGAGAAGAAAGAAGACAGAGUGAUCGGCAAGAAGCUCUAGAAAAGGAACGAAGAGAACUUGAAAAACUGGAUCAGGAGAGGAGAAUGAUUGAAGAAUCACUGAAGAUUGAAAUGGGAACAGAAUUAGAAACAAGUGUUCACGAAAUGAAAGACAAAUCUGCUCAUAAUGAAAAUCCUUUAGAGAAAUACAUGAAAAUCAUCCAGCAGGGACAAAAUCAAGAAUCUGCAGAUAAGGGCUCAAAAAACAUGGUCAGAGAAUGCUCACUAAUGGACACACUGCCAUCUAGUGAUAAGGAUGAAAGUUUUACAGGCUUUUCUCAUGAAGAACAAGAUGACAUCUGGUAAUCACGUGAGCUGUCUGGCUUCUUACAAUGAUGAGAAGUUAUAUAACAUGCAGUCCUUUUUAAAUGUUUCUCUGUAAUCACACAAAG